GUUUCCAUGUUAGUUAUUUUUCUUUCUAUUUUGAAUUUUCCAUCUUCUUCUUCUCCUCUCACUUACCCUAAAACCACAUUUCCUCGUUUCCUCAAUAAAGCUCGUCUCUUUCACCCCUCAAACAUGAACCCAUCUCCCUGAAUCCAGAGAGAGAACAGCCCAUUCACAAGCUCAAUCUCUAUACGAUGUUUCCCUUGUCGAAAUUUCACGUCAUCGCAUUUUAACCAGAUUUUAAAAGGAACUAUUUUUUUUCUCUCGGCGCCCUUUAAUGGCAGAAAAUCUUGAACUAAAUCUUCUCUGUACAGAGUCAGCCAUUGACGAUGCUACUGUUGAUGGUGAAAACGACGAUAAAACUCCGGUUUUUAGGCGGGAAACGCCGAAUAUCGAGAUGGGUUUUCCGGUGGAGAGCGAAGAGAUUAUCAGAGAGAUGAUGGAGAGAGAAAGAGAUCAUUUGCCCAGAGACGAUUAUCUCAGGAGAUUGAGGAGCGGGGAUUUGGAUUUGAAUGUUCGGAGAGAAGCCCUUGACUGGAUUUGGAAGGCUUGUGGACACCACCGGUUUGGACCAUUGUCGUUGUGCCUGUCGACUAAUUUCUUGGAUCGUUUCUUAUCGGUUCACGACCUGCCCAGUGGCAAAUCUUGGACAGUGCAGUUGUUGGCGGUGGCAUGUUUAUCCCUGGCCGCCAAAAUAGAGGAAACUAAUGUCCCAGAAUUAGUAGAUCUGCAGGCUGGAGAUCCCCGGUUCCUGUUCGAGCCCAAAUCUGUCCAAAGAAUGGAGCUUUUGGUGCUGAACGAACUGAAAUGGAGGUUAAGAGCUAUAACACCGUGUUCAUACAUUAGAUAUUUCCUGAGCAGGAUCAAUGGCUGUGAUCAAGAACCACCGAGAAAAUUGAUCACUAGGUCGUUGCAAGUGAUAUCCAGCACAAGCAAAAGUGAAAGUAUUGACUUCUUGGAGUUCAGACCCUCCGAAGUUGCUGCUGCAGUGACCCUUUCUGUCUCUGGACAAAUUGGAGCACUUCCCUUUGACAACUCCUCCCCUUCCCCCUUCUCACUUCUUGAAAAGGAGAGGGUGAAGAAGAUUGCAAGAAUGAUAGAGAGUGAAGGGUCAGUGUCGUCGUCUUUGUCGUGGCGGACACCCAAUGGGGUUUUGGAUGUUACGGCUUCGUGUUUCAGCUUUAAGACUGAUGACUCUUCUGCUUCACUCUCUCCUCUUUCCCCUUCCGACACUCUUACGAGACAACAACACUCCAAUUCUCACCCUUGAUCUCUCUCUCUCUCUCUCUCUCUCUCUCUCUCUCUCUCUGUUCUUUGGGGAAAUUUUUUUUUUUUGGGAGGUUGUGUUGUGUUGUGUUGUUCCCUUUGCUCGAUAGGAAGGUGGGGAAAAAAAUCAAUGCAAAAAAUGGAAUAGCAAAUAUCUAUUUUUAGAUUAUUUUUUAUUUACUCGCUGGGUU